GCUCUAUAAACAUUAUCUUAGGUGACAAAACAAGGAUGUAGGUGUGGUUAACAGGUUACUCGAGGAGAUUAAUGUGUUGUUAUCCAGCGUUCAGUGGACAGAAGGAGAUAUCCAGCCUUAAAGAAACAGGACAGGCUGUGCUGACUGGACAGCUAUUCUUACUGUAGUUUUGUGUGCUCUUCUGGGUGUGGUGCUGAGGUGCCGCUUCUUCCUCAUGGAUGACUGAGACCGUGACCAGAAAUCCUGUCAUGUGGCAGAAAGCACAAGGGUGGAGCGCUAUGUGUUUCUCAGGGUUUCAUGUUUUGGCGUAUACACUCUUGUUGCGAAUUGUGGAUUAAGAGUAAGUAGACAUUACAAAAUCCAAGAUGGAAAAGAAUGAAGAGGCCAAGAAGAAAGCAGAGGCGGGAUAAAGAGACCAAACUGCAUGCUGGCACUAUUUGGAAUGUCAUGGAAUGUUUUUUUUUUUUCCAUUUCUUCAGCUCUUCUGUAAUGAGAGCCAGAGAACAGCAUCUCUGCUUUAAUGCACUUUUCCUGGCAUCCUUGAUUCUGGAAACUUCAUGAAAGGAAAAAAAAAAGACAAAUUGUGUAGACUUAAUAAAAACAGAACAGCUUUUUAAAAGCAGAAGAAGACUUGUCUUUGGAAUUGGUCAGAACUCUUAACCAUUUGCAACCUUUUUUUAGCAUAAGGACCAAAAAUUCAGGAUUGGUUAAAUGGAUUUGGGAAUAAACCUGGAGUGGAUUUUGUAACUAAAGUCACACAUCUAAUUUUACCCUCUGGAGAUUUAUACUUUGACUCGCUUCUAGUUUUUUGAACUGGUGGAAUGGGUUUUUGCAAAUACAGACAUAGUUAAUUUGAUUUUAAACAGCCUAUACGCCAAACUAGAGGAAAUGGAGAGUCCGCCAACGAAUUCGUUUUUGGACAAAUUAACAAACUUGUUUACUAAACAUGAACCCCAAUCACUGUCUGAGGAAAAUACAAAUAUUAUUAAUUUUCACUCUUUGACUGGAAAAGGAGAUGUUCAUGGUCAACAAACAUGUAUUCAAAGGCAGGAUGGUUUUGAUGAUCAAGGUGAUGAUUUUGUUAAGACUUUGCAUGCAAAUGCUGAUGUUAACAGAUCAGAGCAUCAGAAUGAUGAGAAAACUGAUUCUUCAUCAAGAGAAGAUCUAUUGGACUUUGCCUUGGAUGAUAAUCAUGGCAAUAAAACAUUAGCAGCAGGCCAGGCUGACCAGGAUGUAACAGAUGGUCAAGCUGACACACUGCCUAAAUCACUUAGCCCAGUCUCAGCCAGUGCUAAAAGUCUGGACAAACAACUUGAGGAUACAGCAAUCUGUACAGAGGAUAAUGAGCUUGUUUUGAAAAGAGGAGAGUUUAUUUCAAAAAUGAGCAAUGACAGGCUCAUUGAAGAUGUAUUGAACAAGAAAGAUGUUGAGGAAUCAGAAAAUGUGGGGCUUACGCAUAAUGAGAAAGAAGAAGGCCACAAAGACGAAACCAGCAUAUUCAACAGCAGCGAUAAAGAAACAAUGGAUAUUCUGAGAGAAAAUGCUGAAGAAGGACCACUGAAAGACCUCACAGACAUAAACGUUCCCUCUAACAGAAAUGUUCUGUCUGAAUCUUUCGCAAAAAUUAGCAUAUCAAUGGAAAGUCUGCAGGAAUCUGCCAAUGAGAGCAAAAUAAGUUCUGAUGGAAACCUUCGAAACAUUGCAGACAAUCCAGAGGAAAUCAAAGAUGAACAAGCUUUUAAACAAACAUCUUCAAAGUCGAACAUUCAGAGCACUUUAACACCAUCUGAAGAUCAUAGCCUCACUGAUAAAAGGGCUUUCUUUUCAAACUCACCCGUGAGCACCAGAAGUGUGGUCAUAACUCUUACACGUGUUGAAGCUUGUUCUGCAGGAUCGUGUGCUGAUACAAUCCAACCGAGUGAUGAGACUCAAGCUUCAUGUAAUGUAUCAGACAUCCAUGUCCAAACAUCUACUUCAAACCAGAAGAACCAGACAGGAGGUGAGAUUUCAGAUUUUGAGCGCAUUGGCACUGAAGAAGAAAGUUCCACUUCACAUGAUUCAGAGAAUAAAGCUAAUUCAGAACAAGAACUGGAACCUUCAGAACCACUGGAGACUGAAAUGCAUACAGAGGGAGAAAUUAAUAAGGAAAAUGAAGAGACCAUUGAGAACACCACUGAAACCGCUAAAGUGGUAAAAGAGAAACCGCUUCAACUGUCGACGCUAUUCAACGGGCUGCUCAGCCCUAAGAAAGAAGUUCUUGAGGAGAAAGACGAACCAGGGCAACCCCGAAGCACUUCCAAACGAGGACUUUUUACAGAUCAGUCAAACAAGAAAGAAGUGAAAGCGGACUUCCUGGAACAGCUCACCCAAUUCCUGAGCAAGGGGGAAGGAAAGAGAAAGCAAGAGAGCAUCUCGAGCCCCCCAAUGUCUCCAGUCAGUCAGGAAACUGUAGAAAAUCCAGAGACAACUGUAGAGGAACCGGUCAUUCCCCAGUCUGAGGAAACCAACAAAUCUAGCAAUGCAGAGACAGCCCUGGGCGCACUAAAGGCUUUCUUUACAGUUAAAUCUGCCAAGAAGGACUCUUCUAAUCGAAAGGACCUGGAUAUUGUGAAGAAGAAGAUCAACAGGGACAAAGAAGUCCUUAGAGCUUUCUUUGACAGAAACUCAAGCAAGUCUCCAGAGAUCAAAGACACUACUGAUUGCAAACCAGAAGUAAGUGAUGAGCACACCCCAAAGCGUCUUCAGACUGUCUGGCCUCCCCCAAAACCUAAAGACGAGGAAGAAAAGAUUGGUCUCAAAUACACAGAGGCUGAGCAUCAGGCAGCGCUUCUACAACUAAAAAGAGAAUGUAACGAAGAGGUGGAGAAAUUACAGACUGACUUCAGACUUGAGCUCUUCCGCAUACAAGAGAAGAAUGAGCAGAAUUUGUCCAGACUCAGCGCAACCAUUGCAAGCUUACAAAGAGAGAGAGACAAAGUUCACCACAGAGAACACCAACAUGUUGCUGUGUCCACCGAAGACGAUAUCAAAGCACGGGCCGUCCGAUCGGUGUGCAUUCAGACAGACAGAGAGACAUCCAUCAACUCUGAGGAGGCCAAAGAAACCCACAGCAACAGUCUUGACCCCCUGUUUAAAAAUGGUGACCUAAACAACUCAACCAAAAACUUGACUGGCAAACAAAAGACAGUCCCUCCUCCAUCAGCUCAUCCGCCUCCAUCACCUCAGUUACAGUUGGAAAGCAGUAAGAUCACACCUCCAACUCCACCUCCUCUGCCUGGUCCUUGUACUCCUAAUAUACCUCUUGCUCAGCCACCGAAUAAGCAUGUGAAUGUGCCUCCUCCACCUCCUCCUCCUCCGCCUCCUCCCAUGACAGGGUCUGGUCUUCCACCACCACCACCACCACCUCCACCUAUGACAGGGUCUGGUCUUCCACCACCACCUCUACCACCUCCACCUAUGACAGGGUCUGAUCUUCCACCACCACCACCACCACUACCACCUCCAAAUAUGACAGGGUCUGGUCUUCCACCACCACCUCCACCUAUGACAGGGUCUGGUUUUCCACCACCACCACCUCCGCCGAUGCUCCACUCUAUCCCUCCUCCACCCCCUGGAUUUGGCUUCUUCUCUAAAACAGCGGACACAUCUCCUCGUAAGCCAUCAGUGGAGCCGGUCUGUGCAAUGAAACCGCUGUACUGGACACGAAUACAGAUUCAAGAAUGCAGGAACGAUGUUCUGUGGAGUUCCCUGAAGGAGCCAGAGAUAAUAAACACCAAUGAGUUUGCAGAACUGUUUGCUAAAGCCACAUCGCCCACCAAAAGAAAGCCCCUAUCUGAUGCCUAUGAGAAGAAAACCAAAGCCAGGAAGGUCAUUAAAUUACUGGAUGGCAAGCGCUCUCAGGCUGUGGGCAUCUUAAUCUCAAGUCUCCACCUGGAGAUGAAGGACAUCCAGCAAGCUGUUUUGACUCUGGACGAUACUGUGGUUGACUUGGAUGCUAUUGAAGCCCUGUAUGAAAAUAGAGCCCAGCCUGAGGAGUUAGAGAAGAUUAAGAAACACUACGAAACCUCAGACGAAGAGCAGGUCAAACUACUGGACAAGCCUGAACAGUUUCUGUAUGAACUCUCCCAGAUUCCAGAGUUCUCCAGUCGAGUUCACUGUUUCAUUUUUCAGACCAAGUUCACUGACGCCGUCGCCUCCAUACAGCGCAAGACCGAGAUUAUUCACCACGUCUGCAAGUUUCUGUUGGAGAAAGACAGCACAAGGGAGGUGAUGGGAUUGGUUCUUGCUCUGGGAAACUAUAUGAAUGGAGGCAGUCGAGCUCGAGGACAGGCCGACGGCUUCGGUCUUGAGAUUCUUCCCAAGCUUAAAGAUGUCAAGAGCAGGGAAAAUCACAUUAGUCUGUUGGACUACAUUGUGUCCUACUAUCUGCAUCACCUUGACAAGAAUGCUGGGACAGAAAAGAGCAUCUUUCCCCUGCCUGAACCUCAAGAUGUUUUCCUUUCCUCUCAAGUGAAGUUCGAUGACCUCUCUAAGGACCUCAGGAAGCUGGGCAGAGACUUGACAGUUUGCGAAAAGGACGUCCUAACUGUGUGUACCAACUCGUCUCAAGAGCACAUUCAUCCCUUCCAGGAGAAAAUGGACUUUUUCAUUGCCAGCGCACCGAAAGAGCUGAUCACCAUGGAGCACCAGGUGGUAUCAGCUCGUAAAAGCUUCUCUGACCUAGUGGAGUAUUUUGGGCUUAAGCCACGUUCUGGAGAGCAAGAAGUUGCGCCUGGCAAUGUGUUUACACUUUGGUUUGAAUUCUGCAAUGACUUUAAGAUCAGAUGGAAGAGAGAGAACAAAAUCAUAUCCAAACAGAGACUUAAAGAAGCCCAACAGUCAGUUCGCAACAUGACAGCAGAGAAGAAGAUUGAGACGAGAAGAGCACAUGCGAAUGGACUGAAAGAGAGACUGUGUAUGAAAGAAGCAAGUCUGACCACCAGCUAACUGUUUCCAAAAAGGCUUGUAUUGAAGACCUAGCUGAUUUUUGGCAAGGUCAGAAAGAAGUGCACCAGCUUGUGGGACACUUUUCUCCAGCCUGAAAGUUGCAGGAUGACUGCCUGUCUGACAGUGUGGAUUGUGUGUAUGAUGCAAUAAUCUUUUUGCUCACUUAGAUAUGUAUGUUCUAAAUAUUCCUAAUGGUUCAGAUAUAAGGUGAAGUUUUUAAAUGAAUGUUCCUAAAAAAUAAAUAUUCCAAAAUUAUGUUUUCCCAGUGGAACCACUCCCUAAAGAACUGUUUAACCUUUUAAAUAACCAUUUUUGUUAAUGGUGUAAAAACAUUUUAGAAAUCUUAAUCAUUUGUUCACGCCUUAAAAGAACAUUUUGGUCAAUGGAAAGGUCUGGUCAUUAGGGUUCUUCAUUAAAGCCACCUUUAUUUUAAG